AGAUGCUGCGCAGCAGUCUCCGAUUCCCCAUCACCAAUUGGGCUGGCGUCUCCAAGACCGCGGGCUCCCGUAGGGUACCCGUGGCCCCGAGUUGUAGUCGGGACACCCCGGCCGCGGGUGAUCGUCGGGUCUCCACGCGCCCGGGUCGCUGGCGCGGAUCCGGCCUCGGCGCCUUCUCAGGGCGCCCUGCAAGGCCGCAGGCAGGAUGAACAUUCUGGCACCCGUGCGGAGGGAUCGCGUCCUGGCGGAGCUGCCCCAGUGCCUGAGGAAGGAGGCCGCUUUGCACGGGCACAAAGACUUCCACCCCCGCGUCACCUGCGCCUGCCAGGAGCACCGGACAGGCACCGUGGGAUUUAAGAUCUCCAAGGUCAUUGUGGUGGGGGACCUGUCGGUGGGGAAGACUUGCCUCAUUAAUAGGUUCUGCAAAGACACCUUUGAUAAGAAUUACAAGGCCACCAUUGGAGUGGACUUCGAGAUGGAACGAUUUGAGGUGCUGGGCAUCCCCUUCAGUUUGCAGCUUUGGGAUACCGCUGGACAGGAGAGGUUCAAAUGCAUUGCGUCAACCUACUAUAGAGGAGCUCAAGCCAUCAUCAUUGUCUUCAACCUGAAUGAUGUGGCAUCUCUGGAACAUACCAAGCAGUGGCUGGCUGAUGCCCUGAAGGAGAAUGACCCUUCCAGUGUGCUUCUCUUCCUUGUAGGUUCCAAGAAGGAUCUGAGUACCCCUGCUCAGUAUGCGCUGAUGGAGAAAGAUGCCCUCCAAGUGGCCCAGGAGAUGAAGGCUGAGUACUGGGCAGUCUCGUCUCUCACUGGUGAGAAUGUCCGAGAAUUCUUCUUCCGUGUGGCAGCACUGACCUUUGAGGCCAAUGUGCUGGCUGAGCUGGAGAAAUCGGGGGCUCGACGCAUUGGGGAUGUUGUCCGCAUCAACAGUGAUGACAGCAACCUCUACCUAACUGCCAGCAAGAAGAAGCCCACAUGUUGCCCAUGAGGGCUGAGGAGACUGUUCAGAGACUGCCCAGCCCUAGGGCACUGUGCCACCCUCAUUCCUCCAGAACUUGACCCCUGGACAUUUGCACUGACUUUAUCCAGACCAAAGAGCUGCCUCUUGGUGGCAGUAUUCCCACAGAGGGGUAGCUGGGACCAUGCUAGUCACUUCCUGCCCCCAGGCACCUUGCCAAAGACUGGAUGCCCCCUACUCGUCAGGGGACUGUCCAGGGUGCCCAGUGGUAGUGGGGGAGAGUGUCUCUGUUCUUUUGCUCAGCCUGCUGGGCCCUUUGUGUAUGAGGAUGCUUAAUGAAUCCAGCCUCUCACUGUGCCUUAUGCAUUAAAAUUUCUUUGUUACGAGCA